GAAGAAGAAGAGAAAAGCCUGCACAGAGAGAGAGAGAGAGAGAGACUCCGGCGGCAGAGAAAAGGUAGAGGCUUCAGGCAGUGAGCACACUGAAGAGAGAGGGUUUUCUCAUGUUGUUCUGGCAAACUUGGAGAUCAAUCUGGAGAAAGAAAGAAGUGAAAGGAUACGAAAAGGGAAGCUUUCCUUCUGCCCUGUUCGAGGGGAGGGGGGAGAAGAGGGACAUUAGAGAGAGAGAGAGGCGAGCUUUUGUGAGAGAAGCGACGUUGAAGUCGAGAGGAAGGUUAGAGAGUAGCAGGGGAGAGAGCUUUUUUUUUAAGAUUGGUAAGAGGGAAAAUUGGGGCUGAAGACGACGUUGAAAGGGGAAAUAGAACAGGAGAGAGAGAGAUAACAGAGGAAGUGUUUUGGAGAGGGAGAGAGAGAAAGAGGAGGCCGAAGAGAAAUAGGGGGGACAAGCUGGAGAUGAUCAACAUAUUGGCAUGGAGGAAUUGAUUGUGGAUCUUUAAAAAGAUCUUGGUAUUGAUCCAAGAAAGCUUGCAUGUCUGGAUGGAAGUUGAUCAGAGAGGUGCUGUUUUCUGUUAUAUUAGGGAGAACAGUAGUGAGUGAAAGAGAGCAUAAGACAACAACACAAUGGGCAAGAGAAGAAGCACCAAUACAGUACCAAAUACACAGUCAAGGUCUCAAAAUCUGAUCUCGCUAAGAGAAGAAGUGACUGGUAAAAAGCAAAUGAAAGGAGAGGCGAGGGCCACACGAUCAACUAACAUGAAGGCUAUCUUGAGACACGAGCACUCACAGAACCUUGCAGUGUGGGCUGGUCAGGAUGCUUCAAUGCCCUCUUUGGCAGCCUUUUUCGGACAACGUUUGGCUGCUGAUGGAGAAGCUGCAGGGAUAGUUCCUGACCCUUCUUUGUUCUCUUGCCAGAGAUGUGAGACAAUUCUUCAGCCUGGCUUUAAUUGCACUAUUCGAAUUGAAAAGAAUUCAGUCAAGGCACAGCGCAGUAGUAAGAAAUUGGAUAGUUUAUUGACACAGAAUAAUGUUGUUUACAAGUGCCACUUUUGUUCAUACAAAAAUUUGAAGAGAGGUACUCAAAAAGGUCACAUGAAGGAGAUAUAUCCAGUCAAGCCAACGUUAAUUCAAAAACUUCAACUUUCUAAUCCUGCCAAGUCCAUACUCCAUAGCUGUGUCUUCAACACCAAGGAAGGUACUACCAAAUGCCAAGAUGAAAUCCAGAAGGUGGAUGGAAUAACAAACAGCCCAGUAACACCAAUGGUGAGACCUGCCGCUACUUUGCUAGAUAGAAACAAGAGGAAGAGAAACAAAUCCCGGACUCCGAAACCAUCUGAGUUUGAAAACAAGUCUGCCAUUGCUGAUUUGGAUAAAACUCUCAGUGCUUCAAGUAAAAGGAGAAAGUCAUGGACAACCCUCAAGGAAAUUGUUGAAAGUAAUGAGCGCGAUACCAAUAGGCAAAUUACUAACCUGAAAAUUCCUUUUGGUUUGUAACAAAGAUAACAUUUUUCCAAUUUAAGAGGUAUAAUUUCUAGUUA